UAUAUGUGUGAAUUGCCUAGCUGGCGUUAAAGCAGAAGAAACUCCACAUGCCUUGUCUGUGUGCAUGUCCGUGCGAGUAUUACAGUGUGUGUUGUGUGCAUGUGUGUGUUUGUUUCCAGCUCUCACCAGGUUGGGUGCGUUAACACUGAGGGCUUCCUGCUGCAUCCAUCUGCCUCAAACUCAAAAGCGCCAGGCUGUCACUGCACAUUGCAGGGUUUUGAAAGAGACAGUGACGCGCGUGGAACCCCCUCCCCCCCCCCCCCCCUCUCAGGACAACACAGGCAGCUCCUCACACUCUCGACCCACAGCAGAGACUCAUGACUGUUUGAGGGGAGCGGACCCACCGUGGCCCAUGCACUGUACCCGUUUCCCUCCCUGUCCUCCUUAUCCCUCAAGCUGACGCAAAACCCCAGACACCUGCCCCCCCUCCCUCACCCCCACUCCCAUCCCAUCCCCAGUGACUCGCCGCCCCCCGCAAUGGUGUCCGGCACAGAGACUGUGCACUACAUCCACCUUCACAACUCCAGCCAGUCGGUGCUGGAGGCCCUGCGAACGCAGCGGCGCGAAGGCCUCUUCUGCGACGUGACGGUGCGGAUACACGACGCCUCGCUACGCGCCCACGCCUGCGUCCUGGCAGCCGGCAGCCCCUUCUUCCAGGACAAGCUGCUGCUGGGGCACUCUGAAAUCUCCGUGCCCCCGCUGGUGCCCGCCGAAACCGUAAAGCAGCUGGUGGACUUCAUGUACAGUGGCUCCCUGGUGGUGCUGCAGUCGCAGGCGCUCUGCAUCCUCACUGCCGCCAGCAUCCUGCAGAUCAAGACGGUCAUCGACGAGUGCACCCAGAUCAUCUCUCAGAGGAAGGCGGCGGCUACGGCGGCGGCGGCUGCAGCAGCGGCGGCAGCGGCAGCGGGAGGAGGGAUGCUCGGAGGAGUUCUCCCUAAACAGGAAGAGCGAGGCGGGGGGAAAGGGAGAGAAGGCGGGGGCGGCGGGAGCUGCUCUGUGGGUGCGAGCGGGGGUGGAGGGUACGCAAACUUCCCUAACUUCAUGGCAGAAUGUGCAGCUAGUAACAUGGGCGGUGGGCUAGGGGGUGCCAACGUCAACGUCAGCGACAGUGGCCCGGGUCCGAUGGAGCAAGCUAACACAGUGAGCCUGAUGUCUCUGGGCGACAUGGGCCCCGGCUCCAUGUGUGGCGGCGACGGCACCAUCCUCAUGAAGCAGAGCCCCAGCUGCACUCAGGACGUCCGGUACAAGCUGCGGGACCUGUUGGCGCAGACGGCCAACGGAGCCGGCACCAGCAGCACGGGGAACCUCUCGGCCGGCUGCAGCUCCGGCGUGGGCAGCGUCGACACCAUUGGCAGGGACAGUCUCCGCGGCAACGCCACCGACCUCUCGGACGAGCUGGUGGGCAUGGAGCGGUACAGCGAGGAGGAGGAGCUGGACGGCAGGGAUCGGGGGAGAGAGGGAGACCGAGACAGGGGGGCGAGCCACAGCCGCAAGCAGAGGCAGCCGCUUAGGCUCCAGGUGCUGGGAGGAGAAGGCGUGGUGGUGAAAGACGAAGGGGUUCAGGACCAGGAUGGGACCGUCUAUUCCUUGGAGGGCGGGAGACGAGAUGGACAGCAGGAAGGCUCCCAGGAACCCAUGGCAGGAUUUGGACAGGAUUUUUACGAUGAGCAGGGGGUGUUUUCGGAGAGUUUCUGGCCCCAGAGUGAACCUCCUCAGGCCAUGGCUUUCAACCCCAGAGGAAGGGUCAACAAGCCGCUGACUCCCCCUCCCACCUCCCAGUCCAUCAACAACCAGCUCCUCUUCCAGUACCCAGUGAGCCAAUCGCAGCCAUCCCCCUUCUAUGUGGGCGGGCCCAUGGGUGGGAUUGACAGCAUGGCGGGGACCGAGCCCACUCAGCAGGCCCCGCCUCCUGCGCCGAUGACCCCGGCCCCGCCUCCCUCUGCCUCCUCCUGCUCGGCAGGCCCCUCCCCUUCCUCCCAGGGAUCUGAGACCUCGUUCGACUGCACGCACUGUGGCAAAUCUUUACGUUCCAGGAAGAACUACAGCAAGCACAUGUUCAUCCACUCCGGUCAGAAACCUCAUCAGUGCUCCAUCUGCUGGCGCUCCUUCUCUCUGCGCGACUACCUCCUCAAACACAUGGUGGUGCACACUGGUGUCCGGGCCUUCCAGUGCUCCAUGUGCGGCAAGCGCUUCACCCAGAAGAGCUCGCUGAACGUGCACAUGCGCACCCACCGUGCCGAGCGUACCUUCCAGUGCAACGUGUGCCACCGGGCCUUCACCCACCGCACCCUGCUGGAGCGCCACGCCCUGCAGCACGCCCACCACCCCCAGGUCCAGGGCCAGGGGCGUGGAGCCGACAUGACCUCACCUACCAAGCACAGCCCCCCGGCUCUGGGGGGGCCCUCAGGUAUGGCUGCGGCAGCUGGCAUGGUCGGCAACAUGGCCAACAUGCCCAGCCACGGAGCUUCCUCCACCUAGUAGUCUACUCUCCAGCCGAGGGAACCCGGUAAAAUGUUGAGGACCCCAAAGUUUAAUGACAGAAAUGUAUGGUAGCAGAAAAUAAAAAUCAGCUAACCGGGAGAACAUAUAUGGAAACUUUCUGGGUAAAAAUGCCAUUUAUUAUCCUGAAAACAACAGAAAUUGACUCCACAAUAUCUCAAUAACCUCCAAAAUUGUCCACAAAUGUCAAGACAUUUCUAAACUGUUUUCUGCACAUGCUAAUUAAUGCACUUUUUAAAAUUGUGCUAAUUGCCCAACAUAUGCAGGUUAGCAUUGUGUGCUGGGGACCCAUACUACAGACUUCUUUCAUAAAACGUGUGGGGUAAUCAACAUUUCUGGGUUCACAGUAAGAGUGAGCUGGCAAAUAGACUAUAGGGGGAGUCUAAGGGGGAGCAUAGUGAGCCCAUUCCUCGACAAUUUUUAGGGUCCUAACAGCCUUGUUGAUGUUUAUUUCUGGUGGGAAAAGCACUUACAGGUUCCCGUUUUUUUAAACUUAACGACACUUUCAAUCAGGGUUCUUACACACGGCUGGAAAAUAAUGUAAAUUUAUAAAAGGUGGAAUUGCACAUCAUGGAAACAUUUGUAAAAAAAAAAAAAGGUUGCUCCCUCCCCAGAAACCUGUCUUAGAUAGUCGUCGUGCGACCUCGUUAACAAUCACACACCUCCCUGAGCAGCCAUCCCAAAUCCAGCCAGAAGUGUUUUUUAAAAAUGUGUAGGAACCCUGUUUCAAAGACACCAGAGAGUCACCAAAGAGGUUAGGAAUACAGAGCGGGUUAGGGAGUGGGUGAGGACGAGGUGGAGGUAAGGGUGGGGUUCAAAGAAGAAGCAAGUAAGAGUAAGGAUGGGUUAGUGGGGGGGGGGGUGCAGGGUUUCAUUCACCCUCAAUUCAUUUAAUUCAUGUUUUGAAGCACUUUGUUUAUCCCCAGAUCUCAGCAGAGUCUGAGGAAAACAACUGACUGGCUAAAUUAGACAUGUUUGUCACAAAAAUAAUGAAUUUAUCUAAAUAUUUGAGAGAUUUUCCAUUAGAUUUUUGACACUAGCUUUUGCCACUGUUGUUCUCACAUGUACACUGAAGAACGAGGCUUCAUUCUGGUACCAAUUUACAAUCCUGACACACAAGCAUUUAAAUAUUACAUUUCAAAUGGUUAUAUAUGUAGUUAACGAGGAAGAAUUGACUAAAAGGGAACUAUAGAGCAUUUAAAUAUAGUUGUAUAUGUUAAGUGCACCUGCAUUUGGAAGAAUUGAAAAUAGUUUUACUCCACCAGAAGUUAAAAGUAUGAAACCAAAACAGAACGAAAUGGAGACUUUGAUCUCCUGCACACUGACCUGUGGUUGAGUGUGUGUUUCCUUUCACAUUUAUGGUCUGUUUGUGACUAAAACACAGACAUUAAACAAUAGAAACAUUCAGUUUCUAAUUCCUGAAUUAACUGAAUUGAACGUGAAUGGAGCCCGGAGCUAUUCAACGCAGGGUGACAAAGAAGGUUGAUGAUGAAUGAUUCGAUGUGGAGUAGUCAGAGGAAGACUGGAGGAGGAGGAGGAGGAGGAGGAAGAAGAAGAGGAGGCGGGAUGCACAGCAGUGUGAAUGAAAUUCACCAUCAUCCAUCAGACAGCUUUGUAACAUUUUCCACAGGCGCCACUGGUCGGCCCCAGGAUCAUAUACCUCGAUAAAAAAAAAACAGGACGGGACACUAUUAUCUCUUUUUGAAAUGUUUGGGAAACAUUUCAGCAUGUUUUACACACACACACAUACACACACACACACCUACAAUUACCUCGGUGGUCCAAAGACAGGCAUUGUGCUUCACAUCUUUAAGCUCCAUCAAACGAAGAAACCGUGAAAACGAAAAGCUACGAUAGAUCCGUUUACUUUUUCAGAAAACUUACUGAAGUACUUCUAUGUAAAGUUCCUGUACGCAUCGCUACGACGCUCAGUUUGUUCUUUGUUGCUCAUGUGAUUCUUUGAUGCAGAAAUAAGACAAAAAAAAAACAAAAGAAAAAGAUAAAAAAAGUUUUAAAGAGAAAGAGCCAUUCAGCGGAGGAGGAUAACUAUGACAAAUCAAUGAUUUUUAUCAGGAUUUUUAUUAAGUGUUUGGUUGUGUUUGUCUUUUUGGGGCUCUGGUUAUUAAUAAUAAUAAUAAUGAUGAUGAAUGGGAAGUGUUUGUUGCUUAAAAAAAACAGUAAACGCUUUUCUGGCAGCACUAUAAAAAAAAUAACCUUUUGAAACGUUUUAGUAAAACUAAAUUAAUCAUGGAAACGUACAAUCACCCCGAGAAAGUUUGACAAAGUCAGAAUUGUGGUAACGUUGAUUAUCACUUUAAUAUUUAUUACAAUUUGAUCUCUAUGCACAAUUAAGUUUGCACAUCAUAUGACUUAGACCUAGAUGUUGUUGUCCCCCGAAGUAUUUGGCCUAAGAUUGUUUUUCCCUUUUCUUUACACCUUGAUCUUAAGAAGACCUGAUGUGUCCCUGCUUUUUGCUCAUUUCCCUUCAUGUUUGUCAGUCGGAGCAUUAUAUGAUAUUCAGUAGUUUACUUAAGCUUUGUAAGAGCCUUCUAAUUAAAAUGAUUUCUUACUUGGACCUCCCUUACGUUAUUGAGCUUUGCGAGUGAUGAGAUGAUUUGACUUCAUUUUUAUUUUAAAAAGAGUGAAUCCAGCAAAGACUUAGAUUCAAAUACUUUGAGAUGGACUUCACUAUAAAUAAUGACAUGUAAUGUCCCAUUUUAAAUGUUGAAACUGCUUAUUUACGCCGAGCGGGCCUGUCAGCAUGUGUUCAUUGGCGUCUAAACGCUGCACGUUAAUUUGUUUCGCCGGCAUUGCAGGUGAUGAUAGAGUGGUGCAGUGAUGACGUGUUACGACGAUAGCAUCUCCCUGGCUCCCUCGACUAAAAACAAUGGGAUUUUUUCAUUGGAUUUCGGCACAUUGGUGAAAAUAAGCUCUGUGGCAAACAAAGGUUUAUGAUACUUCAGAAGGAUAGUCAUAUUUUAGCACUACUUUAUGAUUUUUGAAGGUUACAUUAGUCUAUAGAGGAACUACAGCACGGUCACAUGACUUCACCUCAUCCCCGCUAAGCUAAAGCAGCUAAUGUUCGACUCAGUUUUACAACGUUUAUACCCUAAUUAUUUAAAUGAGGGCGAUAAAAUAGUUUGUAAUGGAUAGUUGAUUUGAUCCCAAUGUAAGUCAAUGGGGAAAAAGUAUAGUAAAUCACAGACUGACUGGAUGUGUAGUACCGGUGUUUGGCCACUAGCAAAUAUUAGCAUCAACGUCGGGCGCACUUCCUGGUGGCUUGACAUUUACCUGUGGGUUAUUUAGUGACAGAUUCUAAUUACAUGUUAAAGUGUUCUUAGUAGCUUUAACCACAGACCUUUUUUCAAGUGUCUCACCACAAAAACGGUAAAAAAUAUAUAAAUGACGAGUCAAAUUGAAAAAUGCUCAUUUCAAUUAGAGCUGUUAAACUGUUCGUAUUGGGUGGUUGAUUUGGUAAAAAUAUAUAUAUAUAUAUACAUGUAUAUCUGCUGAUUUACAGACGUCUCUAUCCCAAUGCAAGCCAAUGGGGAAAAAGUCGUUUUGGGCCCAAUGGCGUCCCGGCCUGACCUGUUGUAGUUUGGCCACUAGGACACCUGAACAUCUCGUAAGCUAGUGUUAACCACAGACCAUAAACCAUAAAGGAGGUACACAAAAAAUACUUCCAGACAAGGGAACCGUAAAAUGCUGACUUAUUUCUGGGUAUGAGGACUCAUUCCUGCACCACUCUAUAGAUAAUUAAAAGAAGCUGGACUGAAACUCCUCCAACUCACUGUUGGCUAUAAGCUAUGUGUUAAAUUUUACGCCAAACCUUUGGUGCUUUUUAAGGAAAUAUUUACCUCAUUUGCCAGUGUCCAUGCUGUGGUCUGUUUGGUAAAUAAGCAGAGUUGAGCUGUUUCAGAGGUUUCGGUGCGUGUCUGAGGCGGACCCUUGUACAGUACUGUAAUAUGUUUGCUUUGAAGCCAUGUCAGCGCAUUGUAACGUACUGUGUUAUGCCUUUUUUCUGUUUUAUUGGGAGGGAGGUUGAUAAUUGUUUUUCUACAUUAAUAUUUCUUUAACAGAGGUUAAAUAUGUCAGAAGAAGAAACAGUCAUUUUAUAAAAAUAAAAAAAUCACUUGUCAUCGUAAAACCACAUCUUUUAUGUAUAAAAAGACUAAAAAGGCAUGAUUUUAACUUUUUCUGAGAACUUAGAUGUCGUACUCAAUGAAUUAAUUGCAUUUUAAAAACGAGUGAUUUCAAAGAUUUCUUUCUCCAAAUAAAAAGUCUUCUAUGGCUCAAGGCCA